GAGAUGAUUCGUUUCUUCAUCUUUUGUAUAGCUCUGAGCAGCUUUGAGAGUUCGCGUGAUACCUAAUAUCAAUAAAUUUGAGUGAAACAGCCACGAUGACGAUCCCAGAUGAGUUCGACAUCAUUGUUUGCGGUGGUGGAAGUACUGGUUGUGUAAUUGCUGGCAGGUAUGUUUGACUCUUUUUAGAUGUGGACUCUCAUUGCUGAAGACUAACCGGCUUGCAGACUUGCUAACCUCGAUCAUAACCUUCAAGUCCUGCUCAUUGAGGCUGGAGAGAGUAAUCUCAACAACCCAUGGGUGUUCCGCCCAGGAAUCUGUAAGAUAAACGCCAUGUCACUUCUGCUUUAUCCCACUAACAAUCCUAGACCCUAGGAACAUGAAAUUGGACAGCAAAACAGCCUCAUUUUACUACUCCCGACCAUCAGAAUGGCUAGCCGGUCGCAAAGCUGUCGUUCCAUGCGCACAUAUCCUAGGUGGAGGUUCCUCUAUAAACUUCAUGAUGUACACACGAGCGUCUGCUUCCGAUUACGAUGACUUCCAAGCCCAAGGAUGGUCUACAAAGGAGCUUAUUCCAUUGAUGAGAAAGCAUGAAACAUAUCAGCGGGCAUGUAAUAACAGGUUGGUGGAUAUAUUCUCUGAGAAACCACUCCUCUGACAUAUUCAGGGAACUUCAUGGCUUUGAUGGCCCGAUUAAAGUUUCAUUUGGAAAUUAUACUUAUCCAAUUACCCAUGACUUCUUGCGUGCUGCGGAAUCUCAAGGAAUACCAACAACUGAUGAUUUGCAAGACCUUGUCACUGCGCAGUAAGUUAUAUCCUCCGUCAAUAUGACAAUAUGCUUACAAUCAUACUACUAGUGGCGCCGAACAUUGGCUCAAGUGGAUCAAUCGAGAUGUAAGCAAAUCUUGCUCCGCAAUUGAAUAAUUGACCUUACAGUUAUCUCAGACCGGUCGUCGCAGUGAUGCUGCACAUGCCUACGUUCACUCUACCAGAGCUGUACACUCGAACCUUCACCUUAUGUGCAAUACCAAGGUAGAUAAAGUCAUUAUCGAAAAUGGUCGAGCUGUUGGUGUACAAACUGUUCCCACGAAGCCACUUCAUCCAAAUGUAAGUUAUUUUCCAGAAUAAACCGACUCAUGCUGAUUUGAAUACUCUGAUAGCAACGUCCACGAAUUUUUCGUGCACGAAAACAAGUAGUUGUUUCGGGUGGGACACUCUCAUCGCCGUUGAUCUUACAACGAAGUGGUGUCGGUGACCCAAAGAAAUUACAUAAGGCUGGUGUCAAGCCUAUUGUUGACUUACCUGGUGUUGGUUUGAACUUCCAAGAUCAUUACCUAACAUUCUCUGGUAUGCAUCUUUAUUAGUUCUUCGAUCCUAUUCAUCUAUGCUAAUACUCUCAAGUCUACCGUGCUAAACCCGGAACUGAGAGUUUUGACGACUUUGCCAGAGGUGUCCCCGAGGUUCAAAAGGCUGUUUUCGACGAAUGGAAUCUCAAAGGGACCGGACCACUUGCCACAAAUGGCAUUGAUGCCGGUGUGAAAAUUCGCCCAACUGAGGAAGAAUUGAAGGAAAUGGAGACUUGGCCAACACCACAUUUCAAAUCAGGCUGGGACAGCUACUUCAAGAACAAACCUGAUAAGCCAGUAAUGCACUACUCGGUUAUUGCUGGUUGGUUUGGUGACCACAUGUUAAUGUAAGUUGUCAAUCUUAAUGACUUGGGAGAUCAAUCUGAUUAAUUAUUAGGCCGCCUGGAAACUUCUUUACGAUGUUCCACUUCCUGGAAUAUCCAUUCUCCCGUGGUGAAACUCAUAUCGUUUCUCCAGAUCCAUAUGAGGCACCAGACUUUGAUGCUGGUUUCAUGAAUGAUGAGAGAGACAUGGCACCAAUGGUUUGGGGAUACAUCAAAUCUCGUAAUACUCCCUCAAAAUAUCAGUGUGCAGAUAAAACAGUCGAAUGCUAACUCCUACAAACAGGUGAAACUGCCCGUCGUAUGGAUGCAUAUGCAGGAGAAGUACAGAACAUGCAUCCAUUUUACGCAUAUGAUUCGCCGGCUCGAGCCAAAGAUAUGGACUUGUUGACCACUAAGUCAUACGCUCUUCCAGGCAACGUUACUGCAGGUAUUCAACAUGGUUCUGUAAGUUCUAUCUUCAAUAUUUUAUAUCCUUCGUCCGAAGUACCAUGCAGUACUAACAAGAAUUAGUGGUCAAUGCCAGUUGAGCCAGGAAAGCCACCACAAAUUUCCUACCUCAACAGUAACCAAAGAGACCUGCAAGAAGACCUCAAGUAUAGCAAAGAAGAUAUCAAGCAUGUCGAAGAAUGGGUAAAGAGACAUGUGGAGACAACAUGGCAUUCUCUUGGCGUAAGUAGCUGCUCUCAGAUUCUCACAAGAACCAUGAUCUAAUCCAAACUAGACAUGCUCCAUGGCACCUCGUGAAGGAAACUCCAUCGUCAAGCACGGUGUUCUCGACGAACGUCUCAAUGUACACGGCGUAAAGGGUCUCAAAGUCGCAGAUCUCUCAAUCUGUCCUGAUAAUGUUGGGUGCAAUACUUGUAUGUCAUUCCAUUAAGCUUUCUAAGAUCAUAUCGACUAACAGCUAUAGUCUCAACCGCUCUUCUCAUCGGAGAGAAAUGCUCCAUGCUCGUUGCUGAAGAUCUAGGUUAUAGUGGUAAAGCGCUCGAUAUGAAGGUACCUAAUUAUCAUGCUCCUGGUGAAAUUAGCGCUAUUGCUACUUCUCGCCUUUGACUUUAUAUUGGAUGAGUACACGGAGGUUAUGAAUGAAAUGAUAGGAGUUUGACGGGUUAUUUUGCAUUUGACAUUUGUUGUUUCGAUUUUGGGUGUUUAUUGGUGGUGGCAUACUGGUUUAUUUAAAGCAUAUUUUGACUUUUUGUUCGAAUGUUUGAGGAGUCUCUGAUGUUGUCUCCUCUCAUCAUGAUAUCUGUGUUGGAAAUGGCAUUCUGGUGUAUAAAC